AACAGGUGAGGUAUUCAAAUAUGGCGUCGUUCACAAGGUAAACAAUAUUGACAAGUUAAAACCGCAAUUUAAAGAAAUACUUUUUUUAAAAUUUCAUAUUGUGUGAUGCUUGGUUUAAAAGCAAAACAUUAAAAUACUGUCAUAAGCGUAGAAUACUACGUUAAAUGAAUUCUAUUUUAGCUUGGUUUUGCUCCUGAUCCUACUUUGCACUGUUGGCUUCAGUCCAAUGCUAACAGCUAACAGAAUGUUUAAAAAAAAAUGUCUUGACCGUCACUUUUGGCUUUCUGUCAAAUCUAACUAUUCCAACUCAGAGGUCCGCUUUGAUUUUGAAGACCAGCAUGGAUACCACAUUCUCUCUGAUGAUCAGGCUGCACGCUGUGGUUACUCAGUUCUGAUCACUGACAGAGGAGACCUGGUGUUUCGUGCCUCCUUCCAGGCCUGUCACGUCUAUAUUCAGAUGGCCACUGACUAUCACCUUCAUGUCUGGUUGGUGGAACUCCACUCUGAUGGGAAAGUACAGCUGUUUCCGUUCCAGCUCCACUGCACUCUAAGGGAGCAAUGGAGCAGCAGAGAAAUUGUCUGUGAAGAAAACUACAUGGAGGUUUCUAUUAAGCUGCCUGUCCAAACAGAGGCAUUUGAAAAGAAUGACGAGACAGAAUUGGCUAUGACGUUUCACAGAGUUGACCAACAUCAAGAGAACCCCACAGUGAUGUCACUGACAGAGGCAGCUGCCCAUGGCUACCACAUCUCAGUUCGUGGCUCCUUUCUCAUCUUCCGCUGCCUCUAUUCCUCUAAUUUUUCAUAUAUCAUCAAGGACAGUGGAGUGGAUUUGGAACUUGUCAGUGCAACUGUGUUUUACCCGUUCCUCAGCAGCUUCUUAGCUAUUGACGCCACUGUUGCUUGCACCCUGAAUGAUGCGACAGUUGAUCAGUCUGACCUGCUGUGGACCCUCCCUCUGGUACCCUCUCCUCUUGUUCAUGGGCUUUUUAAGUACAAAGGUGUGACAUUUGGAGUUGACGGCAGAGCCUUUAGUGAAUCUGACAUUGAACAAGGCGGAUACAAAAUUAGCUUGCAGAGGCGGCGAGUGGAGGUCAGGAUUCCCACAGGAGCCUCCGGUGUACACGUAAAGAGUGUUGUUGUGCAAGGACGGUACAGUCAGUCUAUAUCUGUGGAUCUGUCCAUCAUGAGUCAGUGGGAAAACAAACACUGGCCUUGGACACAGCUUCGCAUCUUCAGGCGUCUUAAGGCUCUUAUUCCUGCAACUCAUUUCCUAAACAGAAACAGAACAACAUCUAAUGACUCGUUCUCUGCAACUCUGGGUCCAUUCGCUCCCGACGUCUCACUCGAGAAGGUGACGUUGACAAGUGGAGGUGACCUUUUAACCUGGACAUCAAGCCACCAUCCACAGCAUGACAAAGACUUUGUAAUUUCUAAACUCUCCAACAAUACUGGCAGCUACACUUUCCAGCUCUGUUUCCCUUUGUCACACCCUAAAAUAAUCCCUGAGUUUAUAGGUGGCGGUGUUAAGACGUACAGCUUCACAUUCAUCUUUACUUUCAACAUCUCUCCCAGUGGAGAAGUCUUUUAUCACCAAGAAGAAGUAGAGCACAGUGUUGAAUAUACAGCUCCCAGUUCCCCAAAGCUGGAGGGGAAGUGCACAGAUAGCAGCCUACUGGUGCUGUUACAUCACGGAGCACACACACAGCUGCAGUGGGAGCUGUUUCUGGGAAACCAAAGAUUAGAUUGGGAGCUGGCGGAGAUGGGUGGGUUUGUGGUGGAGACAGGAGAGCUCUACGUAACAGUGGAGAUUCCAAUGUACAGCCCUGUGUUGAGCUUUGAGGAGCUCACACUGCGGGGUGUCAUUGCUGGAAUAAAACUGUUUCUUGUGGAUGCAGUGUCUUUGAAAAUACUGGCCAGUCUUGACUUUAACUGCAACUUUCCUGUCAGGGAACUCUUAGUGUGUUUGCCACAAGGGAGAAUGGUGGCGGUGGUCGACACCACCCACACCAUCCCACCAGUUCAGCCCAACAGAACCUUAGACCCCAGCUGUGUCCCACUGCAGACAGACAGCAGCAGAGCUCUGUUCAGCUUCAGUCUGGACUCCUGUGGGACAACUGUCACUACUGAGGGACAGUUUCUGGUUUAUGAAAACCAAAUCAGCUACAAACAAGAUUUUCUCCCUGUGUAUGAUCCUGUUAUCCACAGAGAUUCACCAUACAGACUAACCAUCCAGUGUCGCUAUCCUGCAAAUGACAGCAGUGCCCUGACAGUCCAGUAUCCUGUCAACUCAGCCAUGAACCUUUCAGAAAUCAUACCAGUCAAACAGACGAAGAGCAGCAUUUGAUUGUCCAAAAGUGUUUAGGAUGUCAAAUGAUAGUCACUUCAUUUAUUUAUUAAAAUGACAAACAUAUUUAGUUUGUUUACUGUAAAUGUACUAAUGGCCAUGUGAGGUAAAUAAAGUCUGGGUUAUUUAAAAUAGCAAUUAAAAAUGUC